AUGUCUCCACUUCUGAAAAGCGUCUUCGAUAUCACCGAAAUUUUCAAUCAGUAUGCCUCCCAUGGUUGUGAAGGUGCAGCACUAAGCAAGAAAGACCUAAAGAACCUCCUUGAAAGAGAAUUUGGAGACGUCCUUCGGAGACCACAUGACCCUGAGACGGUAGAUGUGAUCCUGGAACUUCUGGAUCGCGACUGUAACGGGCACGUCGAUUUCAAUGAAUUCCUCCUGCUGGUUUUCAAGGUGGCUCAGGCUUGUUAUUAUGCUCUUGGCCAGGCCGCAGGGCUAGAGGAGGAGGAGAGGAGAGUCCAGGGUGAAAGGAAGGGGAGCCUGAUACAAGAUCGUAGGCAAGAAGACCAAAGGAGAUUCGAGUCCCGGGACAGACAGCUGGACGAGGAACCUGCACACCAACGCCGGCAGAGGAGGCAGGUACAGGAGCGGGAGCGCRGGGAGCAAGAGGAGCAAAGGAAGAAGCCAGAGAGACGAGAGCAGCGCGACUUGCAAAGGCAAGAAAUCGAAGAGCGCCGCGCAGAGGAAGAGCAGCUGCGGAGACGCCAGAGUCGAGACGCCGAGGAGUACCUAGAAGAAGAACCAAGUCGAGAGAGGCGGGCGCAGCGCGAACGUCAGGAAGAGCAACUGCAAAGGAGAGAGCCAGAAGUGCGACGCGAGAGGGCGCAAGAGAGACAGCUGCAGCAGAGGCGCGAGCAGGAGCUGGUGUCUGAAGAGGAGGCGGAGGCACAGGCCCGGGAGAGGUUGCAGUGGCAGCUGGACGGCGAGGCUGAAGCACGUCAGAGCAAAGUCUACUCCAGGCCUCGCCGACAGGAGGAGCAGGAGGAAGAGAGGCGGCCCCGGGAGCGAGAGCUGCAGCGGAGGGAGCUGGAGGAGGAGGAGCAACGCCGCGACCAAGACUCGAGGCCGCAACURGAGGAAGAAAGUCAGAGGCGCCAGCACACGCUGACCGCCAAACACGGCCCGCGGGAGCAGCUCAGGAAGGAGGAGCAGCGGGAGGAAGAGCAGCUGCAAAGGGAAAGGAGGCGCCAGCAGCGGGCGAGGCAAUAUCGGGAGGAAGAGCAGCUGCAGCAGGAAGAGGGGCAGCUGCAGAGGGAGAGGCAAUAUCAGGAGGAAGAGCAGGAGGACGAGCAGCAGCGGUUCCGGGGGGCAGAUCGGCGCCGCGAUCUGAAAUGGCAGUGGCAACCAGAAAGAGAAAGGGAAGUGCGUAAUAACAGGGUUUUCUCCAAACGCAGAGAGAACGAAGAGAAGACCCGACGGCUGGAUGAUUCUCAGGCGUUGGACAGGCCUUUCCUGCAAGAGGAAGAGGAGGAGAAGAGAGAGCUAGAACGAGAGAGAAGGCGCCGGCUGCAGCGAGACCGGGAAUUCCCUGCCGAAGAGCCGCUGGAGCGAGAGGAGCGAAGAGUGGCGAAAAGGCAAGAUGCAAAGUCCCAAGAGGAGGAGCAGCUACCGAGGGAAGAGAGAAGGACCAGGCAAGAGAGAGACCGCAAGUUCCGUGCGGAGGAGGAGCAGCUGAGGCAGGAGCGGGAGGAGGAGCAGCUGCGCCGCCAGGAGCGCGACAGAAAAUUCCGCCAAGGAGAGCUCCGCCAGGAAAGGGAGGAGGAGCGCCGCCAGGAGCGCGACAGAAAAUUCCGGGAGGAAGAAGAGCUCCGCCAGGAAAGGGAGGAGGAGCUGCUGCGCCGCCAGGAGCGCGACCGAAGAUUCCGCCGGGAACCUGAGCUCCGCCAGGAGCGGGAGGAGGAGCAGCUGCGCCAGGAGCGCGAUCGUAGGUUCCGGGAGGAAGAAGAGCUGCGCCAGGAGCGGGAGGAGGAGCAGCUGCGCCAGGAGCGCGACCGUCAGUAUCGGGCGGAGGAACAGUUUGCCAGGGAGAAGCGUCGUCAGGUGCCGGAAUUGGGGCAACAAGAGCAGAGACGUCGCCAGGAGCGGGAGAGGAAAUUCCGAGAAGAGCAGCUCCGCCGCCUGCAGGAGGAGGAGCAGAGGCGCCGCCAGGUCCGGGAGAGACGCGCCCAGGAGCCAGCCUCCCGCCCGUCGGUCGGCGCUCCCGUGCGCUCCAGCCCCCUCUACGAGUACAUCCAGGAGCAGAGAGCUCAGUACCGCGCCUAA